AUGUCUGAAACGGCACCUCCAGCCCUAGCCUGUCCUGUUCCAGCUUCUAUGGAGAAAUGUCCUGCCAAGAAGCGAGGGAAGAAAGCAGUUCGUCUGUUGGGCCCAAAUCGCAAGGCCCCAAGUCCUUCUGUGUCUAAGUUGAUCAUUGAAGCUCUGUCUGUGACACACGACCGAGUAGGCAUGUCGCUGGCUGCGCUCAAGAAGGCGCUGGCGGCCGCUGGCUAUGACGUGGAGAAAAAUAACGGCCGUAUCAAGCUAGGCCUUAAAAGUUUAGUGAGCAAGGGGGUUUUGGUGCAGACCAGGGGUACCGGUGCCUCUGGCUCCUUCAAGCUCAGCAAGAAGGCUGCUCCUGAACCCACCAAGGGCAAGGUCAAGAGGUCAACUUCUAACAAGACCAAAAAGUUGGUUUUAUCCAGGGAUUCGAAACCACCAAAGAGUGUUAAGACCAAUAAGAAAGCCAAGAAGCCAAGGGCAGCAGCAGCUAAAAAAGCUGUGAGGAGCGGAAGGAAGGCUAAAGGAGCCACGACCAAGCAACAGCAGAAGAGCCCAGCAAAGGCGAGGCCUGGGAAGCCCAAGGCAGCGAAGCCAAAAUUGACCCAGCAUGAAGCCAAUCCUAGAAAGGCUACAUCUAAAAAGUGA